CCAACUGCUUCCUUCACUCGUCCAUCGUUGCUUCGAGCCUCGUCAUGGAUGAGACAGAGACGCAGGCUCAGGCAGCCUCGACGUCCGCAUCUCACCACCAGCAUCGUCCAUCAAUCUACUCCCAGCUGCUCCAGCUUCGGCGGACCUUUGGCGAACUCCGUGACGUAGCCAGGCCCGAGACCCUGCACCUCCUAGAUCACCGUACUGUCCAGGCUCUGGCUCCGGCGCCGGGCCUAUCUUCUUCAACCCCUUUCGGCACGGCGUCACUCAGCAGGAGCGACUUCGCGGACAAGGUCGAAGGCGUACGCCAAGCUGCCCAUGCCUGGCGCAAGAAGGCAGUAGACUUGCGUAACGCCAACCUGGUAGAUCCUUCUUCCUCUUAUACCUUUGAUCGAUACAUCUCUCUCAACAAGGAGAAGGCACAAAACGUUGCCCAGCUAGAGUCAAAUCUGCAGCCGCUAUGGGAAUUUGAGAAGCGACUAGGCGGAGGAAGGAUAGGGGAAGAUGCGCUCUACGGUGCCUCGACAAGGCCGCUUCCUGCGGUCUUACAUGCCGGAGCUCUUGCGAGCUCGGAAAGUACCUCAGUGAUAGGUCUGAAGAGGAAGCGCCAGGCAGCAAGUCCAAGUACAUCUCCUGCGCCCUCUCGCUCUCGAGGCGAGGCCGUCAAAGUCCUGGGCUGCCUGGCCGCUGCUCUGGAAGAGCUCGCUCGAGCAUUGGGUCUGGAAACCUUUGCAGAAGCAUUCGCCGACUCUACCGCCGCUGACGAUCCCAAGGAGACUUCGUCGUUGCAUACCCAUACUCUGACGCAGGGAGGUAAGCUCAUCGUUCUAGAUGUAGAGCUCGGCCUAGAGGCGUCGAUUGGGAAUUCGGAAGCUACCUUUCAGCCUACUACCAGAGUCAAGCUGUCUUUUACAAACCGGACAAAUGUCAGCUACACAUCCCCCCUCAAAGAAGGAGAAGAGGCUGUGUACGGUAACACUCGCAUAGCUGAACUAUUACGAAGAGAUGUAGAAAUGCUGGCGAGGUUACUGUUUGGUCUUGCGAUAGACGGGGAAGAGGUUGUUGGAACGAUGGAGACGUCUUUGGAGGAGGCGAGCCUACUCUUGGCCAGGUCCCACUUCAACCGGUAUCGCACGAAUCUUCUGCGACUUUUGAGACUGGAUCGUCUCAGUUCAGUCAAGACAAGCGAGCAAGGCGAUCAGCAGGGCCCUGCCGCGAUCCUUCCGUGCGAUACCUUUGCUGCUCUACAUCAGGUUGCGAAGAGCCUCGAGGACGCCAGCAGUAGUGAAUGCAGGGGAAACGUAUCGCUCAGCGAAGAACCUCGUGAUGCAGCGCGCGUCGGCCACGGUAUGCCCUUACUCCAUACUGGUCUCGUAGGCUUUUGCAUCGUCUACGAUAUCAAGGGAGGCAGCAGCGCCAGUAUGACACAUCUGGCUGAACGCAGAGGUCUCGUUCCGAUCGACGGACAACCCUGCGACAGUGAGCUGUUCCUCCUUGAUGUGGCCAUUGAAUCGCAGAGCCUGAGCCUCUCAGCCGGCACCACUGAUCUUGGCAACAGCUUUGUUCCAAAGGCCCUCUUUGCUUCCAUUCCCGAAGUGGGGAGCGAUAUCGGCUUCGUCGCCAAGCUCAGCCCGUCGGUGCUCUUGCCGCGACGUCUGGUCACUCGCGUGGCCAACAUCGUCGGCCUGCCCACAAGCGAGACGUCGUCACUACAUUCGACUGACCCUGUGGCCCAGGGCGAGAAUAGGAGCAGCGACUACGGAUCCAUUCUCGGCCUGGGCAGCAGUCGCAAGUCCAAGAAGAUCGCAGGCGUCCGAGUAAGAUAUCAAUCCAAGCGCACCAAGAGUACUGCAGAGGACAAUGCCUUGCUUGUCUCAUCGAUCCCUUUCCAGACCUUGCAGCAACUAUACUUGGUCAUUGAAGUCCUGCAGGAAGCAAGCGCUGUCCAGAGAUUGAUGCAAGGUCUCAUCCCCACUGUCGAUGCUCCAGAGAAGGACUCUGCGAGACUCGGCUCAAUCAGUCGCUCACUCACCGUAGAAAGAGCAGCGGCGACUGUCUUCGACGUCAAUCUGACAGACGUCACGACAGCAAGAAGCAACGCAACCGCAUCAGCCUCAGAAGUACCUCGAUUUGCUGUGUGCCUCUCGGCGCGCAUCUCUGACCCUGGGACCGGACGUUUCUUCGGUCUUUCGUGCUAUAUACACCGCGACGCUGGCUGCAAGGACGGAUAUGGCGUCAGUGGAGGACUGACUGACACUCUUGCCCUAAUGGGCGGCGCUGCUCCGAGAGCAGAUGGAGCGGGAGCGGGUCAGAGAGGUCGAAUAGACUUCCCCAAAGACCUGAAGAGUGCAGUGGGAGCAGCCCUGGCACAAGAGGCAGACUUGAGGAGGGCGGCAGAGCUACUCCUGCAGUGGGCGUGGGAGACGAUUGACGGGCCCGAGGAGGGUAAGAGUGCUGAGGACGCUCAGCAGGCUACUGCAGCCGGUCUUGGCGAUGAGUCGAGCAACAAGCCCAGUACGAAGCCAGCCUCGAGCAUGAUGGAGGUGGACACUGACGAUCAAGACGGGCGAGCAGCAAUUUCAGCGGCCUCGACCGGCCUCAAUACUCCUGUAACUCAAAGUGCCGACGGGGACGUACCUGUCCCCGUCCCCGCACCUCCGGCCCAGCUUCGUCGUCACUCCUCGCGCUCCUCUCCUCUCAGCCCACGGACAAGCCCCAAGAGUACCCGUCACGCAGAAGCUGCCGCUCUCGGCCCUGCGUCUGUCAACGCCAAUGCCAAUGCCAACAUCGACGCGCAGGACGGGACCACUGCAAGCAGGAGCACAGACGGCUUCGCGGGGACUCUAUCGCCUCCAGGCGGCGAAGCCGCAUCCACAGGCGCAACCGCAACCGCAACCGCAACCGCAACCGGCAGUAGCAGCAUUUCCUCUCGUCUCUCCCCGAUCUCCAUCUCCACUACCAUGGCUCCUGCGCCUGCCACUAGCCCUAUCUCCGCCUCUGCAUCCGGUCUUUCCUCUGCGUCCGGUCCAGCAUCAGCGACCCGCACAACGCGCCGUCGCUCCUCGCGCGGUCCCUCCACCCCUUCCCCCACGCGGGGAGUGAGCAUCGGCACCUCGCACCAUCAGACACGGAGGAGGUCGUCGCAGCAGCGUGCUAGUGGCAGUGGGAGUGGGAGCGCCAGCGCCAGCGAGGUGGGAGGUGGAAGGGGUAGGACACAUUCGGGAGAAACGGACGUGGCUACAUUGGGCAAUUCCUCUGCCUCUGCUUCUGCUUCAGGAUCGGGAUCGGGAGCGGGAUCGGGGAGCGCUAGAAUGACUCGCAGGGCUAGCGCGUUAGCGAAUGCGGGCGAAAUUGAGGACGUAGGGAGUGAGGGAGUGGUACAGGGAGAGGGAGAGGAGUGAGAGGUGAGAGGUCAGAGGUGAGGGCGUGAGGGCAGAGGGCAGAGAUGAAGACUGGUACUUCGCGCCUGGUUGAAAAAUACAGUACUGCUGCCCGAGGUAGGGAAAGAGGGGGUCAAUCAAUACAGAGUACUGUAGAUAGGCCUACCUACCUCGUUCGGUCCCUUGUCACCGUACAGUCUUUGAGUCGUAGGAAUCUCUACCGAUCCCUCCCUCUUUCUCACAAGCGCAAAUACAACGUACCACACAC